AUGACAUCGUCCUCACCCAUUCUCUCUUCCUUCCCACGGAGAAGUUUCUGCAGGAGCUACACCAGGGUCAGCUUUGUUUGGGCAGGAGGCAUGGAGGGCCCUGAGGGGCUUGGCCGGAAGCAGGCCUGUCUAGCCAUGCUCCUUCAUUUCUUGGACACCUACCAGGGGCUGCUGCAGGAGGAAGAGGGGGCUGGCCGCAUCAUCAAGGAUCUGUACCUGCUGAUUAUGAAGGAUGAGUCCCUUUACCAGGACCUGCGAGAGGACACACUGAGGCUGCACCAGCUUGUGGAAACAGUGGAGCUAAAGAUCCCGGACGAGAGCCAGCUGCCCAGCAAGCAGGUGAAGCCACUCUUCCGCCACUUCCGUCGGAUAGACUCCUGUCUGCAGACCCGCGUGGCCUUCCGGGGUUCCGAUGAGAUCUUCUGCCGGGUCUAUAUGCCUGACCACUCCUACGUGACCAUACGCAGCCGCCUCUCAGCAUCUGUGCAGGACAUUCUGGGCUCUGUGACGGAGAAAUUGCAGUACUCAGAGGAGCCUGCGGAGCGUGAGGAUUCCCUCAUCCUGGUAGCUGUGGCCUCCUCAGGAGAGAAGGUCCUUCUCCAGCCGACCGAAGACUGUGUCUUCACCACGCUGGGCAUCAACAGCCACCUGUUUGCCUGUACCCGAGACAGCUAUGAGGCCCUGGUGCCCCUCCCCGAGGAGAUCCAGGUCUCCCCUGGAGACACAGAGAUCCACCGAGGGGAGCCUGAGGACGUCGCCAACCACCUUACUGCCUUUCACUGGGAGUUGUUCCGCUGUGUGCAUGAGCUGGAGUUCGUGGACUACGUGUUCCACGGGGAGCGCGGCCGCCGGGAAACGGCCAACCUGGAGCUGCUGCUGCAGCGCUGCAGCGAGGUCACGCACUGGGUGGCCACCGAGGUGCUGCUCUGCGAGGCCCCGGGCAAGCGCGCGCAGCUGCUCAAGAAGUUCAUCAAGAUCGCGGCCAUCUGCAAGCAGAACCAGGACCUGCUGUCCUUCUACGCCGUGGUCAUGGGGCUGGACAACGCCGCGGUCAGCCGCCUGAGGCUCACCUGGGAGAAGCUGCCGGGGAAAUUCAAGAAUUUGUUCCGCAAAUUUGAGAACCUGACAGACCCCUGCAGGAACCACAAAAGCUACCGAGAAGUGAUCUCCAAGAUGAAACCGCCUGUGAUUCCUUUCGUGCCUCUGAUCCUCAAAGACCUGACUUUCCUGCACGAGGGGAGUAAGACCCUUGUAGAUGGUUUGGUGAACAUUGAGAAGCUGCAUUCAGUGGCCGAAAAAGUGAGGACCGUCCGCGAAUACCGGAGCCGGCCCCUUUGCCUUGAUAUGGAGGCCUCCCCGCAUCACCUGCAGACCAAGGCCUACGUGCGCCAGUUCCAGGUCAUCGACAACCAGAACCUCCUUUUCGAGCUCUCCUACAAGCUGGAGGCCAAUAGUCAGUGA